GAUUAAGUCAGAAAUUACUACUAAAGAUAUAUCAAGGCCACCAUUCCACGAUCGAAAUGAAGCCCAAUCGCAAGUUCCUGUUCAUAACCCUGUUUAUAUUGUUAAUCGGAGAAGACAGCGUAGAAGCAAGAUCUAAAGGAAGCGGCCACAUUCCACAYCACAAGAAAUACAACGAUCAGCAGGCCGUGCCGGAAGAUCAGUAUCCCAUCGAGAAUCGCGCGCCCACUCARGAGGAGCUCGAGGAAGAGGCAGAGGAAGCCGAUGAAGAUGAACAGCCCAAAGACGAAUAUCCUGUUGAAAUUGGACCUGACGCCGAAGAAGAAAAAAGGCGAGAAGAAGAAGAGAGCGACGGGGAGUUUUAUGAAGGUGAAUCAUCAAGGCUGAAUGAUCCGGCUUCAGGCAGUGCUUCAGGUCAAGAUUCGCAAGACGAAGACGGCUCUAUGGAGAGUUAACUUUACAACGUAUAAAGACAAGGAUGGAAAGCAAUUACAGAGGGUUUAAGAACUGAAGUUAUUACACAAAAUACAGAACUAUCGCAUAGUACAAUAUUUGCUAUGGCGGCAUAAGAACAACAUAUAACACUUCUUGCAAUAAUUCAAAAUGUUUAUUGAGGUUUUAACAUUGACAUCGCCUGUAAUAUAACAGCAAAGGUCAAACAACAACUUCUAAAGAGUCUGUUUACAAUAAAAGCGAAUGACUAAAUAGAUGUUUUUCAAAAUCAAAUCAAUCUAUGAUAAGAACAUUUAUUAUGAUUAAAUUGUUUUGAAGGACUUUCUACACCAUCC